AUGAACGCAAAACACAUGUGGAUUUGCCUUUUCCUCGUAUUUUACAGCGCGCAGAGCCCGUGCACCGCCUGCACCUGGAUCACGAGCGGAGAGUACAGAAUUAAGAGCAAAGAGAGUCUGUCACAGCUGCAAGAAAUGGGAGGAGAGUUUUCUCAGGUUUAUAUAACGUUUCCAUUUAAAGUAUAUGCGACAAUAAUGACGACCAAGGCUGACGAUCAGGUGAAGUUUCUGGCUGAAGUCACAGAACAGAUCAGCGAACUUUUCAAUGCUGAUUUAGACGCAGUAAAAUGGAAAGAACAAGCACUGGAUCAUUUCCUAAGCAUCCUCAAGGGGCGUCAGCUGAAAGAGCUUAAAAACUGCGCUGCAUCCUACCCAGAGACAAAAGAACAGCGACACACCAACAUGACACUUAAGAAACAUUUCAGAAAGUUAAAGAGGAUUCUGAAGAAAGCAAACUACAGCGCUGAUUCUUGGGAGCAAAUCAGGAGACUAGUGCGGAGCCACCUUAUGCGGAUGGAUAUUAUUGCUUCCAACUUGAAGUCGGCGAUGGAUAGUCAAGUCAAGUCAAAUUUAUUUAUAUAGCGCUUUUUACAACAGCCGUUGUCACAAAGCAGCUUUACAAAUGUUCUAAUCCAAAGCAGAUUUAAACAUUUCCAAGUUCCCAGUGAGCAAGCCAAAGGUGACAGUGGCAAGGAAAAACUUCCUAGAGCAUGAAGAAGAAACCUUGAGAGGACCCAAGACUCAAAGGGGGGGCCAUCCUCCUCUGGCCGAUAAUUAUCUCCAGGGUACCGAAUAAAAAGGACCACAUGACUGUUUUUUUUUAAUUAUUUAAAAUGUCAAUCUAAAAUGUAGA